AUGUCUUAUACCAACAACUCCUAUCCUCUCCGCAGUAGUCGCACCGAAAAAUGUGGUUUAGUUGCUCCUGACCCUACGUACCCGAGAGAAAACCUUGAAGACCUUCGAAACCUUCUACUCAGUAUUAGCGAGUGGUAUACCGAAGGAAAGCGGAGUGUUUCACUUAUAGAGGACUACCUGCUUGAUGCGUGGGACGUACUCAUUCAAACCUCGAAGAUGACUCCCUCGACGAGCCCAGAACAAGACAGCCUCGUUGUUCUUAUCUCAAGCAUCAAGGAAUUUGGAAUCCUUCACCGCAACGAGAGAGAUACCCAGGACCAAGAGACUACAAUGUUAUCAAACGGACAGAAAUUCUGGAUCGAUCUUCCUUACCUGGCAAGAAAGAUGCAGCAUUCAUGGAUUAUUGAGUCACACCAGUAUACCACUACCGAGCGAGCCAAUUUCGCAGUGUUGACUGCCAAGCUAUGCGCUGGCGGGAUAUGUGAAGCUGAGCUGAGCUUCGUUGCUCUCUGGUUACUCAGAGAGACACUUGAGGUACAGCGGCCUCUGACGAAGCAACUGGAUAUUCCGAAGAGCGAAAAUUCGCUGUCAAUCACUGAACUACUUCCUGCCUGCUUCUCAUGGCUCUCGAACGCCAAAUUCAAGCUUAUAAAGUUAGUAGCGCAAAAUUACGACCCUACUUUGUCUAUGGUUAUUGAAUCAAAUCACCAAAUCCAUAUGGACAUCGGAGAUCUCGCAGCCAAAGCAAACAUCACUCAACCUGGUUUUAGUCUUCCACGAUGGGUGUUCUGGAGACUACGUCUCAAAGAGUUAAGCCGUUGUGGAGAUGCAGUUAUCGCUAAGCUAGCGGAGCAGAGUUUUAGCGAGAUGGUUCACACCGGAGUUGUGUUGGGUAUUGUUGUUCAUGGCGAGAGGAAUUAUUUUGAAAAAGUCAGUGAAGCACUUACUGCGGAGUUCAAAGCAAAAGGUAUGACUGAAACUGUUGAUACAAGUGAUAUAAAUAUCAAUAUGGACUGGGCAGACUAA